UAUGAAUAUUUUCAAGUAAUAAUAAGUUAAAAUAAAAGCUUAUCCAUUUUUGAAAUUUUUUCUUCUACCUAAUUUGUAAGUAAAAUUAUACUAUUCAAAUUGUUUUUCUAAUGCUAAACAAAUAAAAUUGUAAUGCUAAUUUUUUAUUAACUUUGCAAUGGAUAAGAAAGAUAUUGAAUUAGAUCUAGAUGAUAAUAUCUUGAAUCAAAUUUUGAGAACAGAAACUGAUCUACGUGAUUAUUCUCAACAAAUUGAAUAUGCUUUGAAAAAUCAUGAAAACCUUGCUGUUGAUAAAUAUAUCAAGUCAGGAGAACAUCUAGUGACAUUACAUAAACAAUUGAAUGAUUGUGAAAAUUUGUUAGAAAACACAGAGUCUGUGUUAUUUACAUUUCAAGAAGAGUUACAAAAUAUUACCAAUGAAAUUACAAGGUUACAACAGAGAUCAAUAUUUAUGGCUCAACAACUUUGUAAUAGACAAUCUGUUAAGGGGCUCAUGCAUCAGUUCAUUGAAGAUGUUAUUGUGUCUGAAACACUUAUAUCAGUCAUAAAUUCAUACUCUGUGACUGAUGAUAAGUUUUCAACACAUUUGUCUAUAUUAAACUACAAAAUAUUGUUUGUUGACGAACAAAAUUUUAAAGAUAUAAAAUCACAAAAUGAUGUGAAAGAUGUGAUUGAAAAAUUGAAAAUUACUGCUAUUACAAAAAUAAGACAUUUUAUAAUAGAACAGAUAAAUAAAUUUAAAAAACCCACUACCAAUUAUCAUAUACCUCAAAACACUUUAUUUGAAUACAAGUUUUUAUUUGAAUUCUUGCUUAAUCAUGAUUCAAUAUCUGCUCAUGAAAUAUUUAAUGAUUAUGUUGAUACUUUGAGUAAAGUUUAUUAUACUUAUUUUAAAUCAUAUUUGAGUUAUUUGCAAAAGUUACAGUUUGAAGAAGCAGCUACUAAAGAUGACCUACUAGCUGUGGAAGAUCCAACUUCACGUACUCUAUUUCAAAAAUCAAUAAAAAAAAAUACCGUAUUUACUAUUGGAAAUAGAGCUAGUGUCCUAAAUGAAAUUGAUAGUUCGAUUAUUAUUCCACAUCAAAAUAAUUUGACAAAUUUAUCAUUCGAGACAAUAUUUAGAUCUGUUCAAUAUGCCCUUGUAGACAAUGCUUGUCGAGAAUACAAAUUUGAUUGUGAGUUUUUCAAAGUUGAUCAACCUACUGCCCAAGGACUUUUCUCUCAAAUCAUGGGUAAAACGUUAUCACUUUUGAUUAAACAUUUAGAAAGUUUUGUUGAAAACUGUUAUGAUGCAUUAGCUCUUUUUUUAUGCGGCCAGUUGUGUAUACGCUAUCAAACACUUUGUCAAAAUCGUUUAGUACCUGUACUUGCUCAGUAUUGGGAUACCAUGCUUGCAAUGAUUGGAACCAGAUUUCGAUUUAUACUAAAACGGCAUAUUCAAAGUGUUAAAGAUUAUGAUAUUUCAAAAUUUAAUAAAGAAAAAAAGCCACAUUUUAUAAUGAGACGAUAUGCUGAACUUGUAUCAGCAAUAGUUUCAUUCAGUGAAAAUAAUAAAUGUGAGUCCGAACUAAUUUGUAACUUAACCGAGGAAGUUUUAGCAUUUGUUUUACGGCUUGCUACAAUGUUUAGUACUCGUAAAGAUCGUUUGAUAUUUUUGAUUAAUAACUAUGAUUUGGUACUGAGAAUACUAAUGGAGCGUGUAAGAGAUAGCACAUUUGAAGUUGACAGAUUCAAAGAAGAACUAUCAGCGAGAAGUAAAGAUUAUGUUGAUGAAGUACUCCAUGUCUAUUUUGGAGGAAUGAUGGAGUUUGUUACAGAUGCAGAAAAUGGGCGGGACACAGAUGUUGAGUCGAGACAACUGGGAUUGGCAAAAACAUUUACAUCUACUUGGAAGAUGUCUCUAGAAGAAAUUAAUAAAGAUAUAUUACCUUCAUUUCCCAAUCUGACAACUGGGGCCUCUUUAUUACAAUUGGCAUUUUCACAGUUAAUUGAUUAUUAUCAUAGAUUUCAAAAAGCUUUAUUGGCGCCAAACAAAGCACAGUUACCUAAUAUACAUGUGAUAAUGAUAGAAAUUAAGAAAUAUAAAACCAAUUAUUAACUUUUAUAAUUUGAAUAUUAUAACAACCCUACAUACAUAAUUAAAUUUUUGUUAUAAACUAUUAUAAUUAAAAAUGUGUAUAAACUUGCUGUUAAAACAUGAUUAUUUUAUUUAAAACAAAUUGUCCUUUACCAUAUAUUAUUAUUUAUUAAAUGUAAUACAAAUUAUUUAGUGUUUAAAUUGUUGCUUUGAAUCCCAAUCAUGUUGUUCUCUUAUGGGUAAUUUGGUUGACAUGUUCGUACAU